AAAGUUAUAACUAUCCGAUCGUCCGAUCCCCAAAGCUUUCCCUUUACCACUUCCUCCUUUCCAUCUCUACUUUCUCUAAUUCUCUCUCAGGGAUGACAACUAUGGAGCAAGAAGGUCAAGAAGCAGAAAAAGAAGCCAACGCAUGCAAAACCAAAAACAGCAGCUGGGAAGAAGACUUUUACUGGACUCAUUUCCAGUUCACCCAUUUCUUCCGAUUCCUGCAUGCCGGUUUCCACCGCACCCUUGCACUGCCCAAGAAGUUUUCCGGCCGGUUGAAAGCCAAAUUGCCGGAGACCGUCACUCUGACGGGUCCAAGCAGAGUGAAAUGGACCGUCGGAUUGACCACCACGACCCUCGCAGAAGAGAGCACUGUGUCCUUCAGCCGCGGAUGGAGCGAAUUCGCCGCGGACAAUUCGCUCCAGGUUGACGAUCUCUUGGUGUUCAAGUACAACGGCGAGUCCCGUUUUGACGUUCUGAUCCUCGAAACUGGUACAUCCUGCGAGAAGCCCGCCGCUUAUUUCGCCAAGAAAGGGAAAACAACUGGGGAAAAUUUCGCCGGAGUUCAUGUGUCCCCUGCCUCCCCGCCUGCAGGGGACGACAACAUUGGAGCUGACGGGAUUCCGCCGCCGCCGGAGAAGUAUGUAGAGAUCGUAGUCGACGACGAUGAGCCAACAUCGUCGACAGGGCAGCCUGUAUCGUCCGGCGUUUCCAACAAAAGGACCAACCCCAAAUUGAAGCGGACGAAACUGGUGGUGGAGCAGUACGACAGGUAUGUGACAGAGGAGUCCAAACGGAAGGCUGUGACAAUGGCGAGAUUCGCUGCAGGCAGAGAUUGCUUCAUCUCCGUGAUGAAAACCAGCAGCGUUUGCAAGACAUUUUACCUGUCGGUCCCGAGCGCGUGGAUGAAGAAGCAUCUGAACUAUGGGGAGACGCAGGAGCUGAUACUGAGGGUGGGAGAGAACGAGUGGCCGGUGAAGUUCAGGCCGAGGAAGAAGAAAGGAUGGGGAGGGCUGGGCGGUGGAUGGAGGAUCUUCGCUCAGGACAACAAUUUGCAGCCGUUUGAUGUCUGUCUGUUCCAACCUUCAUCUGCGACGUCUGUUCUGUUGAACUCUGCUGCUGUUGUGCUGGAGGUCAAGAUAUUUCGUUGUAGUUAGUUCUGGUAAUGUAAAUGUGUAAGUAAUGGUAGGUGAAUGGUUGGUGUUUAGGAGAUCUAGCUAUGUGUUAUCUUGAUGUAUCUUUCUAAAGACUUGUGAGCCACGGGAAGGCGGCCUUGGGCGAUGGCACAUAAGUAAACUACGCAUCAGGAGGCUUGCUUUUUCUUUUUUCUUGUUCUCACCCCGCUCGUUGUUUUAACAGUGUUGUCGUCCUCCUAAUGACUAAAAAGAUCUUUUGGCGGACAAUUCGACUAUUGGGUGGGC